UAAUACUGACCAAUCAGCGCUCAGUAGCAGUAAUACUGACCAAUCAGCACUCAGUAGCAGUGGGAGCAAUUUAAUGAACCAGUAACUACAAGGCGGCAGUAGAUUUAACGUGUGAGAAGGUUUCAGGUAAAAGUGAGUUUCUCGUAGCAGUGGAUUUAUAUUGGGAGUGGAUUUUAAAGUAUCAGUGAAUUUAAGGUGGCAGUAGAUUUUAGGUGGCAGUGAAUUUAAGGUGGCAGUAGAUUUUAGGUGGCAGUGAAUUUAAGGUGGCAGUAGAUUUUAGGUGGCAGUGGAUUUAAGGUGGCAGUAGAUUUUAGGUGGCAGUGGAUUUAAGGUGUGAGUACGUUUAAGGUAAAAGCGGGUUUCACGUAGCAGCGGAUUUAACUCAGGAGUAAAUUUAAGGUAUCGGUGAAUUUAAGGUGGCAGUAGAUUUUAGUUGGCAGUGAAUUUAAGGUGGGUGCGGAUUUUAAAGUAUCAUUGAAUGGACUCCUUGCACUCAUGGCUGUGACGCAUUUCCGUUUUCAAAUAUUGCGGCUCCAACGUUUCCGGUUGUAUUGUUACAAACAGCGGCAUAUUCAAAACUAGCUAGCGUAAUAUCAAAAUGAGUGUUCGGCACAAAGUUUUUAAGUCGGAAAAUUUCCCAAAACAAUGUAAGAAAUAUUCAGAGCACUGUUGUGUUCCUCUUUGCUUGGCGUCUGCGAAGUUUAAUGGCAGUUUAAGUUUUCAUAGCUUUCCAGCGCGUAGUGACCUCAGGAGCCAGUGGCUAAUAAACAUACGUCGGGACCAAUUUACUGUCUCGCCUCAUACAAAAGUCUGUAGCAGACAUUUCAUACCAGACCACCUGAUUGAACCAAAAACCCCAGAAGGUCGGAGAAGACUGACAAAGGAUGCAGUACCACUUCUUUUUGACUGGAACGGAUACAGCAUUCAGGCUCCACGGCUAAGUGUGUGGGAGAGGAGAGAAAGACCGGCUGACCCUGCCUCCCUGGAAGAUCCAUCAACUGAUCUUACAGUGGAUCAUGAUUAUUGUUCUGCUCCUGAGCCGUCAUCGCUAGACACGUCCUGCGCUGAAAACGAAGAUCUGUCCCGUGAAGUGGAGGAGCUGAGAAAUCAGCUUCAUGAGUUGCGUGUCCAGCUAACCUUUGGGUUGCAACGUUUCUCCGGCUCCGACGAGGACAUUCGAUUUUACACCAGAUUCCCAGGCUAUGACCACUUAAUGGCAUUUUGGUGGCUGAUUGAGCCAUCCAUCCACAAAAUGGUUCGGGUCUCAAGAGCAAAGGCUGCAGCUAAGAAGAAUGAAGAUGUGUCUCAUUCACGAAUGUCAGGGAGGCAGGUGCUGCAGCCAGUUGAUGAAUUUUUCCUUUUCCUUGUGCACCUCUCUGUUGGACUCAAGGAGAGAGACUUGGGACACCGUUUUAACAUCCAUCCUUCCACAGUGAGCCGAAUUAUUUCAACCUGGACAAACUUUCUCUACACACUUCUUGGAUCUGUGUGCAUUCGGCUGCCUGCCUUCAGAAUUCCAAGACUGUCCUGAUACUCAGGUUAUCUUGGACUGCACUGAGCUCAGGUGUCAGACACCAUCAUCACCACUCCUACAAAGUGAGAUGUACUCCACAUACAAGUCUCACUGCACCAUGAAGGGCCUAGUUGGCAUAGCCCCACACGGUGCAGUGACAUUUGUCUCCUCACUUUACGCUGGUUAUUCAAAGAGUUAUUCAAACAGUCAGGACUGGCCAAGUUGCUCACAGAAGAAAUUGCAGUGAUGGUUGACAAGGGCUUCCUAAUUACUGAUUGUGUUAAGUGCAAAGUCUACUGCCCACCAUUUUUGUCAAAGCAAAGUCAGAUGCCUGCAUACCAGGUAACUGAAACACAGUCCAUAGCCCGUCUUAGAGUACACAUGUGAUAAGGAGAGACAAACAAAACAAGUUGUUUGAUGGCAUAAUUUCCCUUUCCCACACAGUAAACAUUAACCAGUUAUUUACAGUGGCAUGCCUGUUGUCAAACUAUCAAAACAAAGCACUAGUUAAGUCAUGGGUUAAA